GACGACAACACGCCGAUAACAGAUAGUCGAAAAUGGCAAUGAUUUCUUUGCUUCCAGUGUUGGUCUUCGUAAUGGUUUCCUUAGCACUAGCACACCAUACUGGCAAGAAUACACUGAAUGAACGAGAAAAGAGGGAGUUAUUGGUGCGUUCCAAAAGAAGGUGGGACCUGUCUACCUUUGAAAUAGUGGAAGAGGACCUAGGACCUUUCCCCAAAGUCGUCACACACAUGUUCAAUGAUAAAAUCAACUUAGAUACACAAGUGUUCCAUUUAUCUGGAAAUGGAGCGGACGAGGAACCAGUUGGAGUGUUCUCCAUUGGCCUUAAGAAUGGAUCGCUAACCCAACACAAGCGCAUCGACCGGGAGAAAAACAGCCAUUUUUAUAUGAUGUUUGAUAUCUUAAACGAUGAUCGCAGUAAAGGCGACCUGACUCUAAAAUUCAACGUGGCAGUCAAAGACAUUAAUGACAAUCCACCUAUCUUUGAACAUCCUGUCAUGACAGAGAGUAUAACAGAGAACUCACCAGAAGGGUAUCUACCAGUGCAACUGAUAGCCAUAGACAGAGAUCAAGAGAACACAGAUAACUCAAAUUUCAAAAUAAGUCUGUUGUCUCAGGAUCCUGCUGAGCCCAAGAUCUCUGUAAAGCAUGUAGAGGGCACUAAGAUGAGCCAGCUCACCUUGACCGGCUGCUUCAACUACGAUAAAGCAAAGAAGUAUAAACUGGUUGUCGAAGCAAAGGACCGUGGGGAACCAGCAUUGUCCUCCGAAGCAGUGGUCUACCUCGACGUAGUCGACUCCAACACUCACCCACCAGUAUUCAAAGAAAAUAUUUACAAAGCUGAGAUAAAAGAGAUGGAAUCAAAUAAGGAAAUUGUAAGAGUAGCUGUGACUGAUGCAGACACCCCUAACACCCCUGGAUGGCGGGCCGUAUAUUCCAUUGUAAAAGGGAAUGAGGAUGGGAACUAUAAGAUUGUGACUGACCCAAAGACCAAUGAGGGUGUACUGAGUGUAAUCAAGGGGAAGGACUUUGAGAGGACAACAUUGACCAACGUGCAGAUCGCUGUGGAGAACGAGGAGCCUCUGUUUGUGUGUCCUUCCGGACAGGACACAUCUCUUCCUAGGACCCAGACAGUAAACGUGACCGUUAAGGUGAUUGAUGUGAAUGACCCACCGGAGUUCAAGGAGAAUAUAACAAAAGUGUACGUGAAGGAGGAGGACCAACCAGGGAAGGUGCUCUACAAGCCCACAGUCAUAGACGUUGACUCAGAUGUGAAGAAUAUCAGGUAUGAGCUGGUUGACCCAGCAGGCUGGGUCACUAUAGAUCCCAAGACAGGGGCGGUGACUACAGUGAAGCCAAUGGACCGGGAGUCAAGUUACGUCAACAAAGACAACAUUUACACUAUCUUAGUGCGAGCCAUAGAUGACGGUGAGCCCCCUGCCACGGCCACAGGAACUGUUUUGAUCCACCUGGGAGACAUCAAUGAUAACAUUCCUCAUGUGGUGAAGAAGGAGUUAGUCAUGUGUGGUAACAAGGUGAAUGUGACAGUUGAAGACAAGGACCAAUCUCCUUAUGGAUGUCCCUGCUCCUUCUCACUUGGAGCAGACAAAAAUAAAAACUCACUGAAGAGCCUUUGGAAACUGAACCCUGCCAAUGGGAUGGAGGUGGGUCUGGUCAGCUUGAAGAGCUUGCCGUAUGGUAACUACACGGUACCUCUUGUGGUCCAGGACCAGCAGGGCCAGGUGGGAAAUUCCACUGUCCAUGUGCUGGUGUGUGACUGUGGGGAAGUGGAUAUUUGUAGGGCCCUUCUGCCAAGGACAUCCACCCUGGGCUGGGCCGCUAUUGGGCUACUGCUAGCUGGACUGCUGCUUCUCUUACUGCUGCUGCUUUUCUGCCUGCAGUGUGAGUGUGGCAGGGCAUUCUCCAAAAUCCCAGUCUACCUGCAAGACGAGGGGAACCAGACACUCAUCAAAUACAAUGAGGAGGGAGGGGGCUCCGCAUGCAAGAGUGAGCCUAUGUUGACCCUGACUGCCACCCCGCCCAAUUUUGAAACCGUGGACAAGACAGAUUGCGGAAUGCAGCAGACCAACCAAAGCAUACUGGUCACCACUGUGUCUUCCAGUGGGGGGAGGAGGUUCUCAAGAGAGGGAACAUUCCAGAGAGUGGGUGAGGCCAAUGGAACUCAGACAAGCCAAAUUCGGCGAGGCAGAUACCAGACGUGGAAUUCAAGCAGGAGAAGUACCGUGAGGGCCAAUUCUUCCAAGUACACUCGCUCCUUCAGCCUGUUGUCAGACCAGAGCAUCUCAGAGCGAGUAGAGCGGGGGCUGUACAUGAUUGGAAACAAUGUUGUUGAACAACCCCACAUUUACGCCAACGAGGGGACAGGGAGCAAAUGCCAGUCACUGGAACAGCUGUCACUAAGCAACCUUGGAGAUGACCUGGAGUUCCUGGGGGACCUGGGGUCAAAGUUUAACACCCUUGGGAGAAUCUGCACUCAAGACAUGGAGGAGAAGGGCAUAAAGCUUUAGCCAGGUUCAAUGUCAUUGUUAGAAGUCCAAAACUGGUGAUGUUAUUCUCUCCUAAUCAGUGUGUCAUUCAGACCUAGUAAAGCAGUUGAGUGGAAUUAAAUAGCCGGUAGAAAGUGAAACAUGAAGGGAAUGGGACAGGAGUUACCAGCCAUGGUAGACACACACUGAAGACACACAGACACACACACACACUCACAAAGAAACAGACUCAUACACACACAUACACCACUGCCUUGCACUAGAGAAGGUGUUUGUUAUUGUCUACUGAUUGUGGUGAAUGGGGUUAAGGCCUGUUUGUUGGAGAAGAGGACACAGUUAUUUGAAACAUCCUCCACUGGGUUCUUUGGUUAAGCUUCACCUUGUGGUUAUCAGUAAGACAUUCUUACUGCCUGAAACCAUGCUGUUCUCACUGUCCUGCUGAUGGUAAGGAAAGUUAAAAGGAUGGACAAAACCCUGUAGACUUUAUUGUGGGACAACAGUUCUGGGUUUCCUGGGGAUUCAAAAUGAAACCCAGACUGGACCAGGCCAAAAUAAUUAUUCAGGCCUGUGUAAGGUCUGUGCCCCAUUCACGUCACACACCUUCAGAAACUAGCUCACUCCCUGAUUCAGUAACUUCCAUGCAACCUGAACACACAAUGGUGUCCCGUUCACAGCCCCGUCUACAUCACCCCUCACCUGGAACCAGAGCACCUCCCCUUUAACGCCACCUGAAUAUUGAUUACCUGUUGUCAAUUACCUCUUCCUUUGUUUUCUCCCACUAUUCAGUUAAUAGUAAAAGUAUAUUGAUAUCAUUGUUUCCGUAUAUGACCUAUUUUGCUUGCCUGUGUUUUUGAGACCUGCCUGUAUAUUUGCCAUUCCAUGUUUGACCCCAGCCUAUACCUCUGACUACUCUUUAGCCAACUCCUGAUAUUAAAUAAAACUGAAAUUAAUACUGAUCUAGAUGUCUUUCUCACAUAAUAACGAGUGUGAACACCAAUUUACUAGAGACUACGUUCUAGGGUCUAUCCAAACCAUUUAUUUAAAUCAACUUUUUAAACCCUCAUGAUUAUCUUUGCCAUCUUGAAGGUACUGAGGGAACAUUGCAUUCAUUGUUGGAACCAGAUAGAUUCACUCACAUCUUAUGUGUACUGGCUGUUCUUGUUGAAGUACUGGACAAUUUAGAUUUAAGUUUAUGAUACUUUUUAAUUUAAUUAUUGUAAAAUAGUUUUAAGGGUAGAAUCUUCCAAGGGAAAUGGCUCACUACAAUAAAAAGAAGACGUGUAACUUGUGUGUAUCCAACAUGUAGCAACAACGUCAGUCAUUCAA